GCUCGCUGCUGUCUUUUGUCUCCAUCGACGAGCCGCUCCUUGGAUCUCCCCGUCCAUAUCUGCACCAUGACCCUGUCGUUCCUCCUCCCCCCUCCCCCUGCCGACUGGGACAAAGAGCGCGAGUUCAAGGUCCUCAAGAAGCUCACCAAGUGCUCCGACAAGACCGUCGAGCCCGUCGGCCAUGAGUUCCUGGCCUCAGCCCGCCGCUUCCGCACCCAGCGCACCAUCGAGGAGGAUGAAGAGCUCCAGGCCGCCCUGCUCGGCGCCGAGGGCGACGAUCUCAACAUGGACGAUGAUGAGCCCGAGACCCCGGCCCUGCUCCGCAGCAACCCCUCGGAGUGGAAGAAACAAGAUCACUAUGCCGUCCUUGGUCUCUCCAAGCGUCGCUACCUUGCCAGCGAAGAGGACAUCAAGCGUGCCUACCGCCGCAAGGUCCUGAAGCACCACCCUGACAAGAAGGCUGCCGGUGGAAACACCAUGGAUGACUCGUUCUUCAAGUGCAUCCAGAAGGCUUGGGAAGUCAUCUCGGAUCCCUCCCGCCGCCGCAUCUGGGACUCGUGCGACCCUCAGUUCGACGACCGCCUCCCCAACCCCAGCCAGAAGGGCGAUUUCUUCUCCAUCUACGGCCCUGUCUUUGAGCGCGAGUCCAGAUUCUCCAAGAUCCUCCCCGUUCCCACCGUUGGUGAUGCUGACUCGACCCGCGAGGAGGUCGAGGCAUUCUAUGACUUCUGGUACCGCUUCGAGUCCUGGCGUUCGUUUGAAAUGAUGGACGAGGAGGACACCGAUGGCAUCGAAAACCGCGAAGAGAGACGCUAUCUCGACAAGAAGAACAAGGCCGCCCGCACCAAGCGAAAGAAGGAGGACAACGCCCGCGUCAUCCGCUUGGUCGAGCAGGCUUUCAAGCUCGAUCCCCGUAUCCAGCAGUUCAAGGACGCCGAGAAGGCUGCCAAGGACGCCAAGAAGCGAGAGAAGGAGGCCGUCCAGAAGGCCGCCGAAGAGGAGGCUCGUCGCCAGGUCGAGGAGGCCCAGCGUGAGAAGGAGCGCCAGGAGACCGAGGAGAAGGAGCGUGCCGCCCAGGAAAAGAAGGAGCGCGAGGCCAAGAAGAACGCCAUCCGCAAGCAGAAGAAGGAUCUCAAGCGCUUCAUGCGCGACAACGGCAACCUGCUGCCCGACUCGGCCACUCCCCAGGAGAUCGAGGAGCAGCUCGCCAAGCUCGACGCCAUCGUCGAGGGCUACGAGGCUGACGAAAUCGAGUACUUCCGCACCCGCCUGGAGGAUGCCGUUUCCCAGGGACUGGAUGCCCUGAACGAGAUCUUUGGUGCCGAGUUCGAGGCCGCCAAGAACCUCGAGGCCACUCGUGCUGCUCGUGCUGAGGAGCUGGCCAAGCACAUCGCCACUAGACAGGUUGCCCCCAAGGCCGAAACCCCCAAGCCCGCCCCGGCCCCUGCUGCCCGUCCUGCUUGGAGCCCCAAGGAGAUCAACGCUCUGAUCAAGGCCGUCAAGAACACCCCAUCCGGCACCCAGCAAAAGUGGGAGAAGAUUGCCGACUACGUCAACACCCACGGCGGCGCCAACGCCAACCGCUCGGCUGCCGAGUGCAUCGAGAAGAGCAAGGAGGUCUCCUCGGGUGCCGCCGACCGCCUGGCGCUCCAGUCCCAGGGCGGCAAGAAGAACGAUGCUGUGAUUACCGAGCAGCCUUCUGUCAAGGAUACCCCUGCGACCCCGACCACCCCCGCGUCGACUUUUGUGGUCCCUGAGGGUGGUGACUGGACCACUGACCAGCAGACUGCCCUCGAGGCCGCCAUGCGAAAGUUCCCGGCCAUGACCUUCCGCGAGAACCCCAAGGAGCGUUGGGAGAAAAUUGCCGGCGAGAUCUCUGGCAAGAGCGCCAAGGAUGUCCAGAAGCGUGUCAAGGAACUUGCCGACCUCGUCCAGAAGAAGAAGAAGAAGGGCGGAAAGUAAGCGCCACGCAGCACACAAGAAUGGCGAGCCGUGAGCGGCCAUGCAGCAAGCAGCACCUCCGAGUGAUUGCUCAGCCUGCACCCACAGCGGCCUGUUGCGGCCCUUGAAUACAUACAUAUAUCUUUA